GCACCGUUUGUGUGGGACCACGAUGGCGAGACUCCAUCCGCCAUGGCCUUCAACACGUGGCAUCCCCGCUACGGCAACCACCUCGCAUGCGUCUCUGCAAACAUGCUCAUGCUGUUGGAGUGCAAGGAGGACGGCUCCAUUGCGUACACACACACCUUCUUCCACCCCACCGAGAGGGCGGCCGAGGAAGCGGCACGUCCGUUGGAUGCGGCCCCAUCCAGCACAGGGCCGACCCCGCCCACCACAGGGGCGAGUGAGCCUAACGCGGACAGCCCCGAAGAACCCACAGCUGAUGCGAGGGGGGUGGAGAGGUAUGCGGCGGUGGCGUGGAUGGUGGACGCGGAGGGGCGAGUGCUGGUGGCGGCGGGCGGCGAGCUGGGUGUGGUGCGCAUCGUUGACUUCCACUCGCGCCGCCCCUUCAAGACGCUAAUGGGGCAGGGGGGUGCCAUCACGGAUCUCUGUGCGCAUCCAUCUCAGCCGUCCAUUCUCCUCUCUGCCAGCAAAGACACGUCGGUGUGGGUGUGGCAUGUGGGCAGCGCCGUGUGCUGCGCCAUCCUGCUGGGCCUCCACCGCACACCCGUGCUCUCCGUGGACGUGAGUGGCAUCGAAGGCACCACCGUGGUGACGGCGGGGGAAGACGGCAGAGUGGCUGUGUGGGACCUCAGAGAGCAAAGGCAUCUCAUGCGUGAGGCGGCGGAGUGGACGGGAAGGCCCUCCGACUUCCCCACCAAGCAAGUCGUCCUGCCGGGCUUCGUGGCAGCAAGGGUGCACGCAGCGCCAGUGCAGCAAGCCGCCACGUAUGGAGGCCUCUUUCUGUCAAUGUGCACGACAGGCGCAGUGCUGCUGUGGCGGUGGACCUUCAUGCCCGGGCUCGAUAUAAAGGAGGGCACCUCUCAAACACUCCUCCACCUGCACACGCCUCCGCCCUCUGCUGCCCACCCACCCGCUGUUCACAACUCCACGGUCAGCGCACCCUCUCCUCCACGCCCCCCGCGCUUCGCCAUGACGGCCGCACGGCGCUUCCUCGCCCUCCGGAGCGGCACGAGUGAAGUGAAGGUCGUGAAAGUGGCGGAGCCCUCACAGCAGCUCAGCCUGCGCCCACCCACCAAAGCGCCAAUAACAGCCAUUGCACUUUCCCAUGAUGCCAGCAUCGUCAUGUGCUGCUGCGCCGAUGGUCAUCUGUACCGCUGGGAUGUCAGCCCUCCGCUGGACGACCUCACAACCAUCGUG